AAACGUCGCGCACACCCUCUGAACCUCCUUCACCCCGACUCAACGCACACCACUGUCUUCGGCUCUAGACGACUCCUACACUAUGGCUGUAUCUAUACAGGACCGCACCGACGAGUUCCGGUCGAUCUUGGCGCAAGCGCAGAAGCGGCAGGCGCACUCCAAGACCGGAGCCCAGCGCCAAUCCCUCCUCUCUGCUCAACAGAAGGCUGAGGCAGCCGGCAGCACUGUGCAUCGUCAACGCUCUGAGUUCGCGCGGAAUGCUGCCGAGAUUGGCCGUGGCAUCUCCGGCACCAUGGCGAAACUCGAGCGACUCGCACAGUUGGCGAAGCGCAAGACCCUUUUCGACGAUCGGCCGGUCGAGAUCGCCGAGCUUACUUUCAUCAUAAAGCAAGACUUGUCCCAAUUGAAUGGCCAGAUCAAGGGACUGCAGGCGCUGACCACAAAGCAACACCCCAAUGCCAAAGCUGGUGGCGGUGACCAGGAGGGGGAACACAGUCAUAACGUUGUGAUGCUGCUACAGGGCAAGCUAGCGGAUGUGACGGGUAACUUCAAGGACGUUUUAGAGGUGCGGACGAAGAAUAUCCAGGCAUCGCGAUCACGAACCGAGAACUUUGUGUCCUCAGCCGCGUCCCACUCUCAAACGAACCUCGACCCCGCCAGGACCGACUCCCCUCUAUACCAGACCCCAUCCCGAGGAAGAUCACCCGGAGGCUUCAAGAACACCACCGCUGCGCAGCAAGACAUGUUGUCCCUGGAACCGUCAGGAUCGUCUGCACUGUCUCGAAGUGGCCCACAGUCUGACGCACAGCUCUUGCUCAUGGAGGAAGCCCAGCCGCAGAAUGUCUAUAUUCAACAGAGAGGCCAGGCCAUCGAGGCUAUCGAGAGCACAAUAGCGGAACUGGGGAGCAUAUUCGGUCAACUUGCGCAGAUGGUCUCGGAGCAGAGCGAGCAGAUUCAGCGCAUUGACGCAAACACCGAAGAUGUGGUGGACAACGUGCAGGGCGCACAGCGGGAAUUGAUGAAGUAUUGGAGUCGGGUCCAAGGAAACAGGUGGCUCGUGGCUAAAAUGUUUGGCGUUUUGAUGAUAUUUUUCCUCCUCUGGGUCCUCAUUGCGGGAUAGACCCCACUAUCCAUGUCAUUUUAUCAUGAGCAUCCGCAUUUUCCAAGGCGUUCACAAAGACGAGG